UCUCCGAGCUCGACUUACAAAAGUGAUGUGGCCCACGAUUGGUUCCUCGGGAUUCUGAGAGAGUGAACCGUCUGCAUCUAUACCAUAUCUUUGAUGCCAAACGUACCAUCACAGGGCCUGACUAUUUUAGGAUCGCGGUCCACAGUCAGCCUGCGUCCCUCACGGAUUUACAGAACAGCUAUAUCACUCCUGUUAGUACCACACUAAGCGCUUUCAAACUGAAGACAUGGUUUAGAGACGUUUAGCUGCAGCUGUUGUUCAUAAAUAUGUUGUUCAGAUUCGGUGUCAUUCUGACUCCGGAGUCCUCGGACGUGGAGGUUUUAGUUCUGGGUUCGCGUGAGGAAAUGGGUCACUGGGACCCGAACAGGGCGGUUCGGAUGAAGGCUUCGCAGAAGCUGCCGUCACCAGAUGAACCGUGUCUGUGGACCGGAGAAGUGGAGCUGGCCGAGCCGUUCAAAGACUCUCUGUGGUUCAAGUUUAUCAGAAAGGCCCGGGACACCAUUAUCUGGGAAGGUAGCGGACCAAGUCAUGACAGGCAUUGUUUAUAUGAUGAGAAAAAUGUGGUGAAUGGAGUGUACUGCCACCCGAUUGGUCACUGGAUAGAGGAAACAGGACACACUGAUGAGAUGAGGCACACCACCAAUUUCUACUUUAAGGUUGCAGGUCAGAAGGCCAUACAUUUCUCCAGAGUUCUGCCACGUGUCUGGUUGGGAAGCUGCCCUCGACAGGUGGAGCACGUGACCAUAAAGAUGAAGCACGAACUGGGCAUCACUGCUGUGAUGAACUUUCAGACGGAGUGGGACGUAGUGAACAACUCCAGUGGAUGCAGACGUAACCACGAGGAAGCCAUGAGCCCUGAUGCCUUGAUGCAUUUGUACAAAGACUGUGGCAUUGUGUAUGUGUGGCUACCAACACCUGACAUGAGCACAGAGGGCCGGAUCAGGAUGCUUCCCCAGGCUGUAUUCCUGCUCCAUGGACUCCUGGAAAAUGGCCACACCAUCUACGUUCACUGCAAUGCCGGAGUCGGCAGGUCCACGGCGGCUGUAUGCGGCCUUCUCAUCUACAUCCUCGGCUGGAGCCUCAGGAGGGUGCAGUACUUUGUCACCUCAAGGAGGCCAGCAGUCUACAUAGACGAAGAAGCUUUAGUCCAGGCUCAGCAGGACUUCAUCCAGAAGUUUGGUCAGCUGCGAUCAUCCAUCUCUUACCCAGAAACAUGACAGCAUGUUAGCGUCCUUAUCAGAAUGGACAAUAGACCAGGCAUCAUUCCUAUAAAAUGAUCUAGAAGGUGAAAAUAAGACAAGGUAAAUGUAGAAACUGCUCUACCAAAAUCUAAUGAAUGCAAAUGACCCACUUCAGUUGAGUGACUUUCAGGAUGUGGUUGAUUUCUGAGUCUUUAGAGAGAGUCCUGCAGGCUGCCAGAAGGGAUGUUAUAAGCAAUUAAUCUUACUGUGUUAGCUUUUACCUUUUGAAGGCUUGCCCCACACACAACUACAAAGUAUGGAUCCUGUUUGUAAUUUUCAGCAUAUGCAUCAGGGGGUGGCUUGGAAAGAACUUUACGUUAGGCCCUUUUGCUUGCAAUCAAUAAACAGUCGACAUUUGGAAAAGGCGUUAAACUGAAAUGAAUAAAAGCAACAUGUAGAAAGUCAAAUUACAAAAUAUAGUAAAGAGUUGGCCUUAAUCCAUGUAGGAAGCCAAAAAAACACACAUUCUAUUCUCUCUUCCUUGCCAACAUUUCCUCUAACAUAUUUUGUUCGUCUGUAGAUAAUUGUGUGCAUUAAUUGCUGUGUAUUAUUCUAGCUAAUCUGCCUUUCAAUUUCAUAAGAAAGAAAAAGUUGCUUUCUUUGUUUUGCAGAAGAAGAUUGUAGAGCCGUAUGGCGGUGCUACUCCUUGCUACUCCUUGCCAGAGACACAUCUAUCCUCAAAUCCAAUAAAUCAAGAAGGAC